GCAAUUUAAAGAUACUUUAGUCCUGUUCAAUCCUGUAUCUCAAACAAUAAUAUUUAAAUUACUCGAUCGUCGCAUUGCACAGAUAGACCGCGUUUAAAAUAUUAGAUUUUGAUAAGAGUAGUUGGAAUUAACGUGACGCUGUGAACGCAUCUCCAGCUCCUUUCUAGUUGGAGCCGGACUUCAAAUCAGGGGGCGCGAUGGCCGGCCUGUGGAAAUCCUACCAGACUAUGAUGUCAAAGUAUCCCUGGACGGUGCAGAUCAUGACCGCAGGAUCUCUGGUGGGCGUCGGGGACGUCAUCUCGCAGCAGCUGAUCGAGAGGAGAGGAUUACGCCGCCACAGCGUGCGGCGGACGGCUCGGAUGAUGAGCAUCGGAUUCUUCUUUGUGGGCCCGGUGAUCGGCAGCUGGUAUAAAGUUCUGGACCGGAUUGUGGUUGGAGGAGGAAAAAGUGCCGCCAUGAAGAAAAUGCUGGUGGAUCAGCUGUGCUUCGCUCCGUGCUUCCUGGGAGCGUUCCUUUCCAUCUGCGGAGCUCUGAACGGCCUGUCGGUGGAGGAGAACGUCGCCAAACUGAAGGGGGAUUACACGGAUGCUCUCAUCUGCAAUUACUAUCUUUGGCCUCCGGUCCAAAUCGCCAACUUCUACUUCGUUCCUCUGAACCACAGGCUGGCCGUGGUGCAGCUGGUCGCCGUCGUCUGGAACUCCUACCUGACCUGGAAGGCCAACAAAAUGUGAAGAAGAUCCCGAGUUUGUCCUGCGGCUGCUGCUGGCGAGGAGUCACACUCAUUUGUUCUGUCGCUGCGUUUGUGAGAAAGCUCCGCCUCCAGCCGCCACUGAAUCACCCGUAAAGGUCAGCGGGGAGCCGGUCCAAUCCCAGUGACAAAUUCACACUGGAAAGUCAGAGCAGCAGAAAGCUCUGUGAAGAAGCAGCUCAAUAAUGAAGCACACCUCCUCCUCCUCCUCACCUCCUCCUGGACGUUCUCUGAACAUUUCAUCCCUCAGGAGAGACGUCUGGGAUUGAAUGAUUUUCAUAUUUACCCUCACUUCCUGAUCUGAGUUUGAUGUUGGAUUGUCUUCUGCUCUUCACCUACUUUGUCUAAAACCAUCAUGUUGUUCAUCUAUGGAAGUAAGAAAAUGUUCUGUCAUGUGGAUUUUGGAAGAAUUGUUUUCAAAUUUUUCUCAGCAGAAACACAAACUUUCAUAUUUUUGCUGCUAAAUCUUAAGAAAUGAUCACAAAAAGACUUGUUUUUUCAAAAUAAAAGCCUCCUUUUCUCCUUAAA